CCAGACACCGCCGCCGCCGCCAUUUUGGAAGCGGGCACGUAGCCCACGGCGACGCGACCGGCAGCGUCGGGACCACGGCGCUAAGGAGGGCGGAAGUAGUCGCGCCGUGGAGGCUCCUCCUCUCGCGAGAGGCGCGAGGCGUGGAGUCGACGGCUGGGGAGAAGCCGGGAGCGAGCCCAGGCGGCAGUCUUGAUUCUCUUUUGGCCAGCAGUUUUUAGGUCCAUCAGUACUGCACUGCAAGAAUGGCAGAUUUUGGGAUCUCUGCUGGCCAGUUUGUGGCAGUGGUCUGGGAUAAGUCAUCCCCAGUGGAGGCUCUGAAAGGUCUGGUGGAUAAGCUUCAAGUGUUAACUGGCAAUGAGGGCCACGUGUCUGUGGAAAACAUCAACCAGCUGUUGCAGUCUGCCCACAAAGAAUCCAGCUUUGACAUUAUUUUGUCGGGUUUAGUCCCGGGAAGCACCACUCUGCACAGUGCUGAGAUUUUGGCUGAAAUCGCCCGGAUCCUUCGGCCUGGUGGAUGUCUUUUUCUGAAAGAGCCAGUAGAGACAGCUGUAGAUAACAAUAGCAAAGUGAAGACAGCAUCUAAGCUGUGUUCAGCCCUGACUCUUUCUGGUCUUGUGGAAGUGAAAGAGCUGCAGCGGGAGCCCCUAACCCCUGAGGAAGUACGGUCUGUUCGAGAACACCUUGGUCAUGAAAGUGACAACCUGCUGUUUGUUCAGAUCACAGGCAAAAAACCAAACUUUGAAGUGGGUUCUUCUAGGCAGCUUAAGCUUUCCAUCACCAAGAAGUCUUCUCCUUCAGUGAAGCCUGCUGUGGACCCUGCUGCUGCCAAGCUGUGGACCCUCUCAGCCAAUGAUAUGGAGGACGACAGCAUGGAUCUCAUUGACUCAGAUGAGCUGCUGGAUCCGGAAGAUUUGAAGAAGCCAGAUCCAGCUUCCCUGCGGGCUGCUUCUUGUGGGGAAGGGAAAAAGAGGAAGGCCUGUAAGAACUGCACCUGUGGCCUUGCCGAAGAACUGGAAAAAGAGAAGUCAAGGGAACAGAUGAGCUCCCAACCCAAGUCAGCUUGUGGAAACUGCUACCUGGGCGAUGCCUUCCGGUGUGCCAGCUGCCCCUACCUUGGGAUGCCAGCCUUCAAACCUGGGGAAAAGGUGCUUCUGAGCGAUAGCAAUCUUCACGAUGCCUAGGAGGUUCCUGACAUGGGGACCCAUCUGCUCCUCCAGCCAACUCCUGUCCCUCACAUCCCACCAUGGUGGCUUCUCCCACCUCCUCUGGAUUUGUUCACUCUGAGAUCUAUUUGCAGAGUGGGUGCUUAGCAGACAGAGUGAAGCUGGCUGGGGGGCACAGUGGUGUAUAGUGCUGCUGUGUAUCAAAAGACCAAGGUAUUAUGGGGCCCGGUUACUCAGAAUGGGAUGGGUUUCUUCACCUCAUGUUAAGAGAAGGGAGUGUGUCCUGAAGAAGCCCUUCUUCUGAUGUUAAAAUGCUGACCAGAACGCUCUUGAGCCCAAGCAUCCUUGAGCAUUAACACUCUGUGACAGAGCUGCAUACCCCUGCCUUGAGUCUCAUCUCAGCAAUGCUGCCACCUGCUUGUCUUUCAGAGUUGUUAGUUUACUCCAUUCUUUGUGACACAAGUUAUCAAGUGUCUCACAACCUCCUCAGGGCACCAGAGGACUCACUCACUGGUUGCUGUGAUGAUAUCCAGUGUCCCUCUGCCCCCUUCCAUCCCCAACCACAUUUUACUAUAGCAUUGCAUCUGUGUCCUAUUGUCAUUUAUGUUAACCUUCAGGUAUUAAACUUGCUGCAUAUCUUGACAUAUCUUGAGAUUCUGCAUGUCUUGUAGAGAGAGGGGAUGUGCAUUCGUGUGUGAUGUUGGAUAGUCAUCCACGCUCAGUUUGGACCAUUGGAGGAACUUCGUGUCACACACAAAUGGGGCUAUUCCUAUGCUUAGAAUAGGGCCUGUCUGCCCACUUUAGAAGAGCCCAGGUUGGUGAGCAUUUAGAGGGAAGCAGGGCAGAACUCUGAACAAUAUGUCUCUCUGAGCAGAGACCCCUUUGUUCUUGUUACCCACCCGUACGGACUUGGAAUCAAUCUUGCCAAAUAUUUGGAGAGAUUGUGUGGAUUUAAGAGACCUGGAUUUUUAUAUUUUACCAGUAAAUAAAAGUGUUCAUUGGUA